AAAAAAAAAUAAAAAAGCAAAUGGCCGCUGGAUGCUCAUCGCAAACUGCGUGUUUUUAUGUUUUCUAACCAAAAGAAAUAUACUAUUUUUUCCGAUGUUGUGCAAAUAAUUACAGUGUUAUAAAAAGAAGCAGAGGCAAAAGGCAGCCAUGUCGCUGCCGCCUUACCUGCUGGGGCCAAACCCCUGGGCCACGAUGAUGGCCCAGCAGCAACUGGCCGCAGCACAACAGGCGGCAUUGCAGGCUCACGCCGCAGCCGCGGCGGCGGCGCCUCCGAUUCCGCCGGCUCAACCGCCCAAAUCGCACCACAUACCCGAAGAAAAGAUCAAGGAAAAAGCUCAAAAAUGGCUUCAACUCCAGUCGAAGCGUUUCGCCGAAAAACGCAAAUUUGGAUUUGUGGAUGCCCAAAAGGAGGAUAUGCCACCUGAGCACAUUCGCAAGAUCAUCCGAGACCAUGGUGAUAUGACAAGCCGUAAAUACAGGCACGACAAGAGAGUUUAUCUUGGUGCUUUGAAGUACAUGCCUCAUGCUGUGAUGAAACUCCUGGAGAACAUGCCAAUGCCCUGGGAACAGAUCAGGGAUGUCAAGGUUCUGUACCACAUCACUGGAGCAAUCACAUUUGUGAAUGAAAUUCCAUGGGUCAUAGAACCAGUGUACAUAGCCCAAUGGGGUACCAUGUGGAUCAUGAUGAGGAGGGAGAAGAGAGAUCGUCGCCAUUUCAAGCGUAUGAGAUUCCCUCCCUUCGAUGAUGAAGAACCUCCACUUGAUUAUGCUGACAACAUUCUAGACGUUGAACCCCUCGAACCCAUUCAAAUUGAACUAGAUCCAGAAGAAGAUGGGGCAGUCGCAUCCUGGUUUUAUGAUCAUAAACCUCUCUUAGGUACAAAACAUGUGAACGGAUCUACAUACAGAAAGUGGAACUUGAGUCUGCCACAGAUUGCAACAUUGUACAGACUCGCCAACCAACUAUUGACAGAUCUUGUAGAUGACAACUAUUUCUAUCUUUUCGACUCUAAAAGCUUCUUCACUGCUAAGGCCUUGAACAUGGCAAUACCUGGAGGACCAAAGUUUGAGCCGCUAGUUAAAGAUAACUCAGCUGGUGAUGAAGAUUGGAAUGAGUUCAAUGAUAUUAAUAAAAUUAUUAUCCGUCAACCAAUUAGGACUGAGUAUAGGAUCGCUUUCCCAUACUUAUACAAUAACUUGCCACAUUUUGUGCAGUUGUCAUGGUAUCACACUCCAAAUGUAGUAUAUAUCAAAACUGAAGAUCCAGAUUUGCCAGCAUUCUAUUUUGAUCCUCUCAUCAAUCCUAUAUCACACAGACACUCAGUCAAAUCUCUUGAGCCUGUCCCAGAGGAGGAAGACUUCUUGCUUCCGGAAGAAGUUACACCAUUCUUACAGGAGACUGCCUUGUAUACCGAUAACACAGCUAAUGGAAUAGCUCUUCUAUGGGCGCCUCGACCUUUUAACAUGAGAUCAGGUCGUUGUCGUCGUGCUAUCGACGUGCCUCUCGUGAAGACCUGGUACAAAGAGCACUGUCCACCCGGACAACCUGUGAAAGUCAGGGUGUCAUACCAAAAGCUGCUGAAGUAUUAUGUACUCAAUGCGCUGAAACAUAGACCACCUAAGCCACAGAAGAAGAGGUAUCUAUUCCGUUCAUUCAAAUCAACCAAGUUCUUCCAAACCACCACUCUUGAUUGGGUAGAAGCUGGUCUGCAAGUGUGCAGGCAGGGAUACAACAUGCUCAACUUACUGAUUCAUCGUAAAAAUCUCAACUACCUGCAUUUGGAUUAUAACUUCAAUCUGAAACCUGUAAAGACCUUGACUACCAAAGAGCGUAAGAAGUCGCGAUUUGGUAAUGCAUUCCAUUUAUGUCGUGAGAUCCUGCGUUUGACCAAACUCAUUGUGGACUCGCACGUACAGUACCGACUGAACAACGUAGACUCGUUCCAACUGGCCGACGGUCUGCAAUACAUAUUCGCCCAUGUCGGCCAACUGACGGGCAUGUACAGAUACAAGUACAAGCUGAUGAGACAAAUCCGUAUGUGCAAGGAUCUGAAACAUCUGAUCUACUACAGAUUUAAUACGGGUCCAGUAUCCAAAGGCCCAGGUUGUGGUUUCUGGGCUCCUGGCUGGCGUGUAUGGCAGUUCUUCAUGCGUGGCAUCACACCGUUGCUGGAGCGCUGGCUCGGCAAUCUACUGUCCAGACAGUUUGAGGGACGACAUUCUAAAGGUGUGGCAAAGACCGUGACCAAGCAGCGCGUGGAGUCCCACUUCGACCUUGAGCUACGCGCGUCCGUCAUGCACGACAUCGUCGACAUGAUGCCUGAAGGUAUCAAGCAGAACAAGGCGAGGACUAUCCUGCAACAUCUAUCUGAGGCCUGGAGGUGCUGGAAGGCGAAUAUUCCGUGGAAGGUGCCAGGUCUACCAACACCCAUUGAGAACAUGAUCCUCCGUUACGUGAAGAUGAAGGCGGAUUGGUGGACGAAUACCGCUCACUACAACCGUGAGCGUAUACGACGCGGUGCGACUGUAGACAAGACUGUGUGUAAGAAGAAUCUGGGACGUCUCACUCGACUGUACCUAAAGGCUGAGCAGGAGAGGCAGCAUAACUAUCUAAAGGAUGGUCCCUACAUUUCGCCCGAAGAAGCUGUGGCCAUCUACACCACAACAGUGCAUUGGCUGGAGUCUAGAAGGUUCGCUCCGAUCCCAUUCCCGCCUCUCUCAUACAAACACGACACGAAACUGCUCAUUCUCGCCCUGGAGAGAUUAAAAGAGGCCUACAGUGUGAAGUCAAGGUUGAACCAAAGUCAGAGAGAGGAGUUGGGACUCAUAGAACAGGCGUACGAUAAUCCUCAUGAAGCACUGUCAAGAAUCAAGCGUCAUUUGCUCACGCAGAGGACUUUUAGAGAGGUGGGUAUAGAAUUCAUGGACCUCUACUCACAUCUGGUACCAGUAUACGACGUGGAACCGCUAGAGAAGAUCACUGACGCUUACCUCGACCAAUACCUUUGGUAUGAAGCCGACAAGCGCCGCCUGCUGCCGCCGUGGGUGAAGCCCGCUGACACGGAGCCCUCGCCGCUACUCGUGUAUAAGUGGUGUCAAGGUAUAAACAACUUACAAGACGUUUGGGAGGUCGGUGAAGGCGAAUGUAACGUACUCCUGGAGUCCAAGUUUGAGAAACUCUAUGAGAAGAUAGACUUGACGCUGCUCAACCGACUGCUGCGUCUUAUAGUGGACCACAAUAUUGCUGACUACAUGACGGCUAAGAACAACGUCGUUAUCAACUACAAGGACAUGAACCACACAAAUUCGUACGGUAUAGUCCGUGGUCUCCAGUUCGCGUCCUUCGUGGUACAGUACUACGGUCUAGUGCUGGAUCUGCUGGUGCUCGGUUUGGCGCGCGCGUCUGAAAUGGCGGGUCCGCCGCAGCUGCCCAACGAUUUCCUCGCGUUCCGAGACGCACCGACUGAGACGGCUCAUCCGAUACGACUGUAUUGUCGCUACGUGGAUCGCAUUCAUGUUUUCUUCAGGUUCACGGCAGAAGAGGCGCGUGAGUUGAUCCAGCGCUACCUGACAGAACAUCCAGACCCCAAUAACGAGAACAUUGUAGGAUACAACAACAAGAAAUGCUGGCCUCGCGAUGCCCGCAUGCGGCUCAUGAAACAUGACGUUAAUCUGGGCCGCGCUGUGUUCUGGGACAUCAAGAAUCGCCUGCCGAGAUCUGUGACGACCAUACAAUGGGAGAACAGCUUUGUGUCUGUUUACUCAAAGGACAAUCCAAAUCUUCUGUUCAACAUGGCUGGUUUUGAAUGCAGGAUUUUACCCAAAUGCCGUAGUCAACACGAGGAGCUCUCUCAUCGUGACGGUGUAUGGAACCUUCAAAACGAAGUGACAAAGGAGAGGACGGCGCAAUGCUUCUUACGCGUCGACGACGAGUCGCUAGCACGUUUCCAUAACCGCGUACGACAGAUCCUCAUGGCGUCCGGCUCGACUACCUUCACCAAGAUCGUUAAUAAAUGGAAUACCGCGCUUAUUGGUUUAAUGACAUACUUCCGUGAGGCUGUGGUGAACACUCAAGAGCUGUUAGACCUACUCGUCAAGUGCGAGAACAAAAUCCAGACUCGUAUCAAGAUCGGUCUCAACUCCAAAAUGCCUUCCCGUUUCCCUCCCGUCGUGUUCUACACGCCUAAAGAGCUGGGAGGUCUCGGCAUGUUGUCUAUGGGCCAUGUGCUCAUUCCACAGUCCGAUCUCCGUUGGUCGAAGCAAACCGACGUGGGUAUAACCCACUUCCGGUCAGGUAUGUCUCACGACGAGGACCAGCUAAUUCCCAAUCUGUACCGCUACAUACAGCCGUGGGAGGCCGAGUUUGUGGACUCGCAGCGAGUGUGGGCCGAGUACGCGCUUAAGCGACAGGAGGCUAAUGCUCAGAACAGACGUCUUACACUAGAAGAUCUAGAAGACUCUUGGGACAGAGGUAUCCCUAGAAUCAAUACUCUGUUCCAAAAAGACAGACAUACAUUGGCAUAUGACAAGGGAUGGCGUAUUCGUACUGAAUUCAAACAAUAUCAGGUUCUGAAACAAAACCCCUUCUGGUGGACUCAUCAACGUCACGACGGCAAGCUGUGGAACCUGAACAACUACCGCACAGACAUGAUACAAGCCCUGGGCGGCGUGGAAGGAAUACUCGAGCACACGCUGUUCAAGGGCACAUACUUCCCUACUUGGGAGGGUUUGUUCUGGGAGAAGGCGUCAGGUUUCGAAGAAUCCAUGAAAUACAAGAAGCUGACUAACGCCCAGCGAUCCGGUUUGAACCAGAUUCCCAAUCGUCGUUUCACACUUUGGUGGUCACCUACCAUCAACCGUGCCAAUGUAUACGUCGGUUUCCAGGUACAACUGGACUUGACGGGUAUUUUCAUGCACGGCAAAAUCCCCACGCUGAAGAUCUCUCUCAUCCAGAUCUUCAGAGCUCACUUGUGGCAGAAAGUUCAUGAGUCUAUUGUCAUGGACUUGUGUCAGGUGUUUGAUCAAGAACUAGACGCCCUGGAAAUCGAGACAGUACAAAAGGAGACCAUCCAUCCGCGUAAAUCGUACAAGAUGAACUCGUCAUGCGCGGAUAUUCUUCUCUUCUCCGCUUACAAGUGGAACGUGUCGCGGCCGUCCCUACUGGCUGAUACUAAAGACACAAUGGACAACACAACGACUCAGAAGUACUGGCUGGACAUCCAGCUGCGUUGGGGCGACUACGACUCCCACGACGUCGAGCGUUACGCCCGCGCCAAGUUCCUCGACUACACCACAGACAACAUGUCCAUAUACCCGUCGCCGACCGGCCUGCUGAUUGCUAUUGAUCUGGCUUAUAACUUGCACAGUGCCUACGGCAACUGGUUCCCGGGCUGCAAGCCGCUGAUCCAGCAAGCGAUGGCCAAGAUCAUGAAGGCCAACCCCGCGCUGUACGUGCUGCGCGAGCGCAUACGUAAAGCGCUGCAGCUCUACUCCUCAGAGCCGACUGAGCCAUACCUCUCCAGUCAGAACUACGGAGAGCUGUUCUCUAAUCAGAUCAUUUGGUUCGUCGACGACACGAACGUGUACCGAGUGACGAUACACAAGACGUUUGAGGGCAAUCUCACGACGAAGCCAAUUAACGGUGCGAUCUUCAUCUUCAACCCGCGCACCGGCCAGCUCUUCCUCAAGAUCAUCCACACCAGCGUGUGGGCGGGACAGAAGCGUCUAGGGCAGCUAGCCAAAUGGAAAACUGCCGAAGAAGUUGCGGCUUUGAUUCGAUCCUUGCCUGUUGAAGAACAACCUAAACAGAUUAUUGUCACCAGAAAGGGAAUGUUGGAUCCACUUGAGGUGCACUUGCUGGACUUCCCGAACAUCGUGAUCAAGGGCUCGGAGCUGCAGCUGCCGUUCCAGGCGUGCCUCAAGGUGGAGAAGUUUGGUGACCUCAUCCUCAAAGCCACCGAGCCUCAGAUGGUGCUGUUCAAUCUGUACGACGACUGGCUGAAGACUAUCUCGUCUUAUACUGCUUUCAGCAGAUUGAUUCUGAUAUUGCGAGCUCUACAUGUAAACACUGAGCGGACAAAGGUUCUGCUCAAACCUGACAAGACCACGCUCACCGAGCCCCAUCACAUCUGGCCGACACUUACUGACGAUGAUUGGAUCAAGGUUGAAGUUCAGUUGAAGGAUCUGAUAUUGGCUGAUUAUGGUAAAAAGAACAACGUCAACGUAGCGUCGCUAACGCAGUCUGAAAUUCGAGACAUCAUCCUCGGUAUGGAGAUAUCCGCACCCUCAGCUCAACGACAACAGAUCGCCGAGAUUGAGAAGCAGAGUAAAGAACAAAGUCAGCUGACCGCGACCACCACUAGAACGGUGAACAAACAUGGUGACGAGAUCAUCACCUCCACCACAAGUAACUACGAGUCGCAGACCUUCAGCUCGAAGACCGAGUGGCGAGUCCGAGCGAUAUCCGCCACAAAUCUUCACCUCCGAACCAACCAUAUCUAUGUCAGCUCUGAUGAUAUCAAGGAGAGUGGUUACACGUAUAUCCUACCUAAGAAUUUGUUGAAGAAGUUUGUCACUAUUUCCGAUUUGAGAGCGCAGAUCGCGUGCUACUUAUACGGCACGGCGCCGCCGGACAACCCCGCGGUGCGCGAAGUGCACUGCGCGGUGCUGCCGCCGCAGUGGGGCACUCACCAGGCCGUCCACCUGCCACGCCAGCUGCCCCGUCACCCGGCGUUGCAGCACCUGCAGCCGCUCGGCUGGAUGCACACACAGCCUAAUGAGCUGCCACAGCUAUCUCCACAGGACAUAACAACGCACGCGAAGAUAAUGGCUGAGAAUCCAACAUGGGACGGAGAGAAGACGAUAAUAAUAACAUGCUCAUUCACGCCCGGCUCAUGCUCGCUAACCGCGUACAAACUGACUCCCAGCGGUUACGAGUGGGGCUCAAAGAACACGGAUCGGGGCAACAAUCCAAAGGGCUACCUGCCGAGUCACUAUGAACGAGUUCAGAUGUUGCUGUCCGACAGAUUCCUCGGGUACUUCAUGGUGCCAUCUCAAGGAAGCUGGAACUAUAAUUUCAUGGGUGUCCGCCACGAUCCCAACAUGAAGUACGGCGUGCAACUGGGCAACCCGCGCGAGUUUUACCACGAGGUCCACCGGCCGGCUCACUUCAUGAACUUUGCUGCGAUGGAGGACGCCACCGCGCCCACUCUAGCCGCCGACAGAGAAGACUUCUUCGCAUAGAUUUAAGCACAGUUUUUUAUUCUGAGUAUUGUGAGGAUUUUGUAAUGAAUGGAAACUGUACAUAAUUAAAAUUAAUAAAACUAUAAAAUUU